GACCGGCCGAAGAAGCUUCGGCCGGUCGACUCGCUCAGUCACGCGCGUACGCUCAUGUACGAGAGCCACGCGUCCACUCACAACCGCCCACUUCCCUUAUCCUCUCUCGCGGGUGCUGCUGGCCACACAAUCAAUCCACAUCCAUCUUUUUCUUCCACCUCCUGUGACGCCGCUGCUCCCACCGCUCCACCUCUUAUUACUCGGCUGUCAUUUGGUGUGCCACCGUCGCGAGUGUUGCCGUGGAGCCGAAGCGGCCACCAGCAGAUCAGCAGCCGUGCCUGCUACUUCGGAGGUCCUUACUUUUUUGCUGCAAUCGGUUUGUGGGAAGCUGCAACCGGCCGUCUAGGAGCUGCGACCGGCGACGGCCACCUGCGGGAUGCGGCGGCGCUGGAAACGGUGACAUCAGGGAUGCUGGAACCCGUGGUGUUUUUUGCUGCUACCAGCUGUAAUUUUUGCUGGAACUGGCUCGGCGAAGAUUAGCCGCGGGCGGGGGUGGCCGGCAAGCACGGGCAGCGCGGGGGUGGCCGGUAAGCAUGGGCGCGAGCGCGGGGGUGGCCGGCAAGCAUGGAUUGCGCGAGACAGGCGGCGAGCAUGGAGAUCUCCCUUUUUUUUCUUUUUUCUUCACGCGUGUGUGGAAGAGAGAAGACGACUCAAUCGCGCUUUCCAGACCGUUUAUUUGUACAGGAUCCAACGCCUGGCAGCGGACCGGCCGAAACUUCGGCCGGUGCGCCGGCGCCUAGCGUCGCCCUAAGUUUAUUUACAACCAAUUUCUUGGCGGGCCCGCCGGUAGCGAAGCCUCUCUUAGGCCAUCUUGGGCUUUCCCUAAAAAAAGGCCAUCUUGGGCUCAGUUUGCCAGGCCAACUCCAGCGCACGAUUACAAACCGACGUCCGUUUUGUCCGGAUUCUGUCCAUUUGGAUAGGGCAAUAGGAUCGUCUGUGGGGUUGUCCUGAGAUGCGGUGGACGUGUACCCAACCAGCGGAUGCAUCCUUUGGCUCCAUCCUGUCCGCCACGGCCAAAAAUGCCCAUUUAUUCAUAUUUCAAUGUUCAAGACUAGUUUGCA